UUUGUCAGCUGCACAAGAAGUAUGUGCUUCGGUCUCGUGCCUCCUGACACAGAAUGACUGCGAUCUGGAUAACUCUGAUUUCUCUGGGCAUUGUGUCAUUCUGUGAUGGAGUUUAUGCAGGUAACACAGUGCAAGAGCCGGGGAGAGGCCCAGCCUGGGACUGCGCGGACUUCCGGCACGUCGCCAGGAGAGUGCUCCCCAAGGGGGUCCGAUUCCACAUCCAGUUCCUGCUCUUCACCCGGGGCAACAGAAGCUGCGCCACGGUCAUCAGGCAGGACUCCGCGGCGCACUUCAACGUCUCCCUGCCCACCAGAGUCAUAAUCCAUGGCUACAGGGUUUUGGGAAACAAGCCCUCCUGGAUUAAUGACCUUGUCCUCGCUUUCCUGACGGCAGAGGAUGUGAAUGUAAUCGUUGUGGACUGGGUCUAUGAGGCUUCCUUUGCCUAUAAGGUGGUAGUAAACAACUACAAGGAGGUGGCAAUAGAGAUCUCCAAACUCAUCAGUGCGCUCACUAAACUUGGAAGCAAAAUGGAAUCAUUUCACUUAAUUGGGAUCAGUUUAGGGGCGCAUGUUGCAGGGUAUGUGGGCACCCUCUUCGGUGGAAAGCUAGGAAGGAUCACAGCUCUAGAUGCAGCCAGCCUAAUGUUCAAGGAUGCGGACGCAUACGAUCGCCUUGACCCCACUGACGCGCUGUUUGUAGAAGCCAUUCACACGGACUCAGACAAAUUUGGGACAUCAAAUCCUAUUGGCCACGUGGACUUUUUGCUCAAUGGAGGGAAGGACCAGCCAGGCUGUGGCUUGUCCAGAUUGUCUUCAGUGUACAGGUAUAUAAUCUGUGACCACAUGAGAGCCGUGUAUGUCUACAUCAGUGCUCUGAACGGCUCUUGUCCACUGGCCGGGUUCCCUUGCUCCAGCUACAAAGACUUUGUCGGAGGAAGCUGUCUGGACUGUGACUCACACUUCAACGGCUCCUGCCCCCAAAUAGGCAUGCAGGAUACUCAUGGGAUCGAAGUCAAAACUUUUCCUGAACAUCCAGAGAUUUUCCUGAUGACCAUGCCCGAAGCACCUUUCUGUGCUCACCACAUUCUCCUGGUGCUGGAGGUGAAGCCGCUGACGACGAAUGGAAAGAUCUCGGUCACUCUGAGAAGCAGCCAGAGGCCCGACACGCAAGGCAAGAUCCAGCUCCAUUCCAAUGCGACCAGUUUUAAGAGGGUGAUGGCCCACCCGACUGCACUCUGUCAAAUAGACUCCAUUGAGAUGAUGAAUUCUGGCUCCUGGUGGUACCACCAACGGGUGAUUCACGUCGAGAAACUCUGUAUGUCUGAACUUCCGUAUCGGAGGGGGAAGGAGACGUUAUGUGUGGAGAAUAUAGUGCUCAGAAGAAAUCAUGAAUGGUCCCAUGAAUUUGUAGAGCUCUAUACAAACAAAGAAAAUUGUACAGGUUGGUGACUUCCCCUCUAGCGAAGGGGAGGCCGAAUGACUUGUAUUGUUGUUCAUUUUUGGCAUGUAUCGUCUCUUAAAAGGCCUGCACUGAAGCAGAGAUACGUCACUUAUGAAUUUCUCUCUCGUUGGAACAUCCUCGUUGCGUCUGCUCUUCCAGCUGUUGAUUAAGUCGAUUGCUCUCGUGAGAGUUGCUCUGCGGAGGCGGAGGCGGAGGCGGAGGCGUGGCGGCGGGGUUUCUUCACGAGCUCCCCCUUCCUCCCUGCUUCUAGAGACGUGCUGCUGGCUGCAUUAAUCGGAGUCUCUAAAACUUUGUGUUUGCUUUUAGCAUUCAAUGUUGAUCCAUUUCCUGAAUCCUGUUGAGGUCUUUUGUGCUUCUUACUCAUCCAUUUCUUCUUCUGUGCCAAUGUGACAGUUCUCACACACUCUUUAGUGCUGCUUUGUUUUGCAUGUCACUGCAGAAUCGCUUUCCUAUCCUGACUCCACCUCUAAGUGAUCUUGGAAAGCAUGUCUUGGUGAAAGACUUUCUGUUCGGGGCUGUAUUUAAGUUUCCAAAAGCGCUCACUUACCUUUUUUUUAACUUCAUGCAUGUGAUUUUUCCUUUAGUGACACGCCUAUCAAUCCAUUGCCAGGUUGCUUGUCUUGAUAAUGGCCUUGGCACUAACAGUUCCACAUAUUCUAAAACGGCAAACUGCACAUCACACAAACGUCAGUCUCCAUGUCUGUGGUAGUUGUGCUGGUCUUGUUUUUGACUUUGUUAGAGCGCCUCUAUUUUUUCUCAUUUCCUCUUAUUGUUCUUCUUGAAGAGUAAGUGAUAAACAGGCUGACGUUCUCUGAAAACUCAAGAACUCUGCUGCCCCUCACAUUUCCUGAUGCUGUAAGCAAAUUUGCUGAAUCUGCUCUCAUUUCCCUCUGUCCCACUGGUAUUUUUUUUGUCUAUUCUGAAUGUUCUUUUUACUAAAUCAGUUUAAAGUGAUAUCUUGGGCAGCAACAGCGCCCCAAUAAGUUUUUGUCUCUAAAACCAAGUACAUUCAGGCAUAUUGAAGUGUUAAAAAACUCAAAAGAGCUUACAAUUAAAAAAGUGUUUGCAGACAGUGGCCUGUUGAUUGGACAAUAAUAUAUUUUAAGUCAUAAUUGAAUCAAUAUUGUAAUAGUAACCUGAAUUAUGCUCUCUCUGGUAUAAAAAAUAAUAUACAAAUUUGCCAUA